AUGGUGGAUCAAACAAAGUACAAGAACUUGAAUAGGGAAGAACUUUUGGAUAAAUUGGGUGAGCUGGAAGAGGAGUUUGUUGCAUUUCAUGAUGAGUCUAAAGAGUUGGAAGAGUUUCUUGAGAGUGAGCUCGAUCGUACAUGUUCAAGGAUGAAGCAACUAGAAACUUUAAUUGAGAAUAAAGGGAAUGAAACGAAAGAAUGGAGAACAAAAGUGAUAAAAAUGAACCAAGAAUUACAGAAAUUAAGAGAAAUGAAGAUGAAGACAGUUAAUGAUACAGAGAGUAAGAUUAAGCAACUUUCCAAAAGCGUGGUAAACCUUGAAGUUAUCAAUGAUACAGUGAAGAAUGAUCUGAGGAUCAAAGAUACGAGGCUUGAAGAUGAGAUAGAGAAGUCCAAUGCAUAUGUUGAAAGAAUUGCUGUAUUGGAGAACGAUCUCUAUAUACAGAAUGAAAACUUGGAUAGAUCGAAUCGUCAAAACUCUGAAUUACAAAGACAGCUCGAUACUCAGGUACAGGAAAGCAAACUUUUGGAUAAAAAGGUCAAAAGAUUGCAGAAGAUAUUGCAUUUGGCUACUAUGAACAGAGACAGUAUAAGGGUAUCUAAGUACCAAACUCCUCCUGUAAAGUGA